UUUUGCGAUCACCAUGUGGUAAUGAUGACAUAUUGACAGUCGGUAUGUUUGGCAUUGACAGAUUUUCCUGAUUCACAAUUUUUAUUGAGUGUGUGCGUGUUUUUUGUUGUGUAUCUACUCUACCUUGCUUUGCUAUUUUACACCAAAAACUACAAUUGCUUAAAACAACAUGGGCAAAACUUCGAAAGAUAAAAGAGAUAUUUAUUAUAGAUUAGCUAAAGAAGAGGGCUGGCGCGCUAGAAGUGCUUUUAAGUUAUUGCAAAUUAAUGAAGAACACAACAUAUUUAAGGGUGUAACACGCGCUGUAGACUUAUGUGCAGCGCCCGGCAGUUGGAGUCAAGUGCUAACAAAAAAUCUGCGACAAAAUGCUGCCAAUGUCGAAGACGUUAAAAUUGUUGCUGUAGAUUUACAAGCAAUGGCAGCUCUUCCUGGUGUUAUACAGAUACAGGGCGAUAUCACAAAACUCUCUACAGCAAACGCAAUUAUUCAAGAGUUUGAAGGAAUGAAAGCUGACUUAGUUGUUUGUGAUGGAGCUCCAGACGUAACGGGACUUCACGACAUUGACGAAUAUGUGCAAUCACAGCUGUUGUUAGCUGCACUUAAUAUAACAACCCAUGUACUAAAAAUUGGUGGUGUGUUUGUAGCUAAAAUAUUUAGAGGAGAAGACAUUUCUCUUUUAUAUUCUCAACUCAAGCAGUUUUUUGAAUAUGUGACAGUAUCUAAGCCAAGAAGUUCAAGAAAUUCCAGCAUAGAGGCUUUUGUUGUGUGUCAAAACUAUCAGCCACCUGAAGGAUAUAUACCAAACAUGGUGAACCCAUUGCUAGACCAUAAAUACUGUGAUUUUAAUCAAUUUACGGGUCCCAAUCGGUUCAUUGUACCAUUUAAUGCCUGUGGGGACCUAAGUGCAUAUGACUCUGAUACAUCAUACCCUCUAUUGUUGGAAGGGCAAACCUCAUAUGAAUACAAAGAGCCUGUACAAAGUCCCAUCAAUCCACCAUAUAAAGAAAUUUUAGAUAAAACUAAAAAUAUGAAUUUAAAAAGUUCAUAAACAGAAAACACUCAAUGGUUUUUUGUUCCAUUUGAUAGUUAAUGCUUAAACACCAAACUCAAGUCUCAGACCUCAACAUCUAUGGUGUUUAAAUAAGAUGAGUGUGCAAUGAAAAUAUGUGACAUCAUUACAUGUAAAUAAAAUAUUCUGAAUCAAUAAUA